CCUUCAUUUUUGCUCUUGGGGUUCUCGAACGGUCCUAUCCCCAAAUCCAAACCCUAGCUUCAUCUUCUCCUCCAGGAAUUAAAACGAAGAUUGUAAAUUCUCCUCAAAGUCUCUGUCUUUUUGUUGAUUGAUUUAGGAAUUUGGGGUGUUUUGAUUUAAGAGUCAUGGCGAUGCUGUUGGAGAAUAUAGUUCAGGCGGUGGAGAUGUGGUUGAAACUCAGGAGAAAGCAAUCACAGAUUUAUGUUGACCCGAAUCUUGACCCGGUUCUGUUGGUGCCUGGUAUUGCUGGGUCCAUUUUGAAGGCUGUGGAUAAUGAGAAUGGGAGAGAUGAGCGGGUUUGGGUUCGGAUCCUUGCGGCUGAUUAUAAGUUAAGGACCAAGCUGUGGUCUCGGUUUGAUCCGUCCACCGGUAAAACAGUGUCCUUGGAUCAAAAGACGAGUAUUGUGGUUCCUGAAGACAGAUAUGGCCUCUAUGCGAUAGAUAUGCUGGACCCUGACCUGAUCCUUGGACGUGAGUGUGUCUAUUAUUUUCAUGAUAUGAUUGUUGAAAUGCUCAAUUGGGGUUUUCAAGAGGGGAAAACUCUAUUUGGUUUUGGAUAUGAUUUUCGCCAGAGUAACAGGUUUCAGGAUACAUUGAAGCACUUAGCAGAAAAAUUGGAGUCAGUAUAUGAAGCAUCAGGAGGAAAGAAGAUUAACAUCAUAACUCAUUCAAUGGGGGGCCUUCUGGUGAAAUGUUUCAUGUGCCUUCACAGUGAUAUUUUUGAGAAAUAUGUGAAGAAUUGGAUUGCAAUUGCUGCACCAUUCCGUGGUGCACCUGGAUAUGUUGCAUCUACCUUUCUAAAUGGAAUGUCAUUUGUUGAUGGGUGGGAACAGAACUUUUUCGUUUCAAAGUGGAGCAUGCAUCAAUUGCUGAUUGAGUGCCCAUCAAUAUACGAGUUAAUGCCCUGUCCAGAUUUCAAUUGGCAACAUGAUCCAGUUUUGGAGAUCUGGAGAGAGAAACAAGAUAUUGAAGGAAACUCAAAGAUUAUUCUAGAGUCUUUCCACCCAAAUGAGAACAUAGACAUUUUUAAGGAAGCUCUCUCAAGUAACACUGUUGACUAUGAUGGAGAAAGUAUUCCUUUGCCUUUCAAUCUGGAGAUCUUGAAAUGGGCUGAUGAAACACACAAGUUGCUGUCUAAUGCUAAGCUUCCUUCUCAAGUUAAAUUCUACAAUAUAUAUGCAACCAAUCUAGAGACACCACAUAGUGUUUGCUAUGGAAGUGAGGACUCUCCUGUCACUGAUUUACAGCAAUUGCGGUUUUUCCUGCCUAAAUACAUAUGUGUUGAUGGGGAUGGAACAGUUCCAACCGAAUCAGCUAAGGCAGAUGGGCUGAACGCAGAAGCACGGGUUGGUGUCCCUGGUGAGCACCGGGGAAUUCUUUCAGACCAUCACGUGUUUCGAAUCCUUAAGCACUGGUUGAAGGCAGAUCCAGACCCUUACUACAACCCAUUAAACGAUUUUGUGAUUUUACCCACAGCAUUUGAAAUGGAAAGCCACCAAGAAAAAGGCUUGCAAGUUACAUCACUCAAAGAAGAAUGGGAAAUCAUCUCAGAAGAUCAAGACAAUCCUGAUGAUGCUGCAAACAGAAAGCCUAUGGUCAGCUCAAUAUCCAUAUCACAAGGUGGAGAUAAUCAAUCAUCUCGGGCAGAGGCUCGUGCAACUCUUACCGUUCAUCCACAGAAUGAGGGUAAGCAACAUGUCGAGCUAAACGCCAUCAGCGUAUCUGUUGAUGCUUAGAGUCUGAUUGAUUAUUGAACUCAAAUCAAUGUGAGGAAAGGCCUCCAUGCUUCUCAUAUGAUUUAAAAUGGUGUAUUCUUUUAUAUAAGAAAAGCUUAUAUAAGUAUAAAGCCUGUUCAUAUGUGAUGUAAAUAUCUUGUAUCGUACUUCAUUUCCAUGGUAAUAAUAUCAUAUUAUUUGU